AUGGCCACCAGGGAUUUUGCAGUAGCAAUGGUCUUCUUAUCACAGACUACAGUUGGUAUUCUGGGGGAUUUCUCUCUUCUUUACCAUUAUAUCUUCCUUUACUUCACUGGAUGCAAGUCAAGGUCCACAGAUUUGCUUAUCAAGCACCUGACUGUAGCCAACUCCUUGGUCAUUGUCUUUAAAGGAAUCCCAGAGACCAUGGCAUCUUUUGGGUGGAAUGAUUUCCUCAAAGAUUUUGGAUGCAAACUUGUUUUCUAUGUUUAUAGAGUGGGCCGGGGUGUGUCCUUUGUCAGCACCUGUCUCUUGAGUAUCUUCCAGGCCAUCACCAUGAGCCCCAUAAAUUCCAGGUGGGCAAAGCUUAAGGUGAAAGCUCCCAAGUACGGUGGCUUCUCCAGUGUCCUCUGCUGGAUUCUGCACAUGCUGGUAAAUAUAAUUUUUCCUAUGUAUCUGACUAUCAAUUGGAGCAAUAAAACCAUCACAAACAAAAAAGACUAUGGAUACUGUUCUCCUGUGGGUCAUGACAAAACUGCAGACUCGCUGUAUGUAUUAUUGUUAGCAUUCCCUGAUGUUGUGUGUGUGGGACUCAUGCUCUGGGCCAGCGGCUCCAUGGUUUUCAUCCUGCAGAGACACAAGCAAAGAGUCCAACACAUUCAUAGGAACAAUGUCUUCCUCAAAUCAUCCCCUGAGACCAGAGCCACACAAAACAUCCUUGUCCUAGUGAGCACCUUUGUGUCUUUUUAUACCCUGUCCUCCAUUUUGAACCUUUUUUUUAAGAGUUUUUAA